GUCGGGGGGCGGGGGAAGAUGGCGGCGUCCCUGUGGCUGAGCGGCGGCGGGGAGCGGCUGCUGCGGCUGCUGCGGGCCGGGCGCUCGGCGCUGGGCGCUGGGCUCUCUCUGCCCGCCCGGGCAGGAUGGAGGCACCUGCACGGCACCUGGGAGCUGCUGGGUACACCUGGUAUUAAAGUUCUUAUGCCUGCACUUUCUCCAACAAUGGAAGAAGGAAACAUUGUGAAAUGGUUAAAAAAGGAAGGUGACACAGUGAAUGUUGGAGAUGCAUUGUGUGAAAUUGAAACGGACAAAGCAGUGGUUACCAUGGAAUCAAGUGAUGAUGGCAUAUUGGCUAAAAUACUGGUGGAAGAAGGAAGCAAAAAUGUUCGCUUGGGCUCACUAAUUGGUCUGCUGGUAGAGGAAGGCCAGGACUGGAAGCAAGUUGAAAUACCAGCUGAUGCUGGAAGUCCAUCUUCUGUGGCUCCACCAGCACCUGCACCUGCCUCAGCUCCUGCAGCUCCUUCAGUUUCAGCCCCUCCCAAACUGCAACAUCAACCUGGGAAAUUGCAGGUUCGCUUAAGUCCUGCAGCUCGCAACAUUCUGGAGACACAUGGACUAGAUCCAAGCAAUGUUACGCCUACUGGGCCUCGAGGAAUCUUCACUAAAGAGGAUGCUCUCAAACUUCUGCAAGAGAAGCAGAAAGGUAAACCCAGUGAAUUGAAGCCUGUGGUUUCUCCAGCUCCUGCUGCAGUGCCUUCUCCCUCACAAGCAACAGCCGUGACUUCUUAUCCAAGGCCAGCAAUUCCACCAGUUUCCACACCAGGACAACCUGCUGCACUGGGCACAUUCACAGAAAUCCCAGCUAGCAACAUCCGAAGAGUUAUUGCUAAGAGAUUAACAGAAUCUAAAACCACCAUACCUCAUGCAUAUGCUGCUGCUGACUGUGCCAUUGAUGCUGUUUUGAAAUUAAGAAAAGAAUUGGCCAAAGAUGACAUUAAAGUAUCUGUAAAUGAUUUUAUUAUCAAGGCAACAGCAGUUACUCUGAAGCAAAUGCCAGAUGUGAAUGUAACGUGGGAUGGAGAAGCCUGCAGGCGGCUGCAGUCCAUUGACAUCUCCAUUGCCGUGGCAACGGACCGAGGGCUCAUUACGCCAAUCAUAAAAGAUGUUGCUGCCAAGGGAAUAAUGGAAAUUGCUGCCUCUGCAAAGGUUCUAGCAAAGAAGGCCAGAGAUGGAAAACUGUUACCAGAAGAGUACCAGGGAGGAUCUUUUAGUAUCUCCAAUCUGGGCAUGUUUGGCAUCAGUGAUUUCACAGCAGUAAUAAACCCUCCUCAGGCCUGCAUCCUCGCUGUGGGCCGAGCAAGACCAGCGCUCAAGAUCGUGGAAGAUGAAGAAGGGAAUGAGAAACUUGAACAGCAUCAGCUCAUGACAGUGACUCUCUCGAGCGAUGGUCGGGUGGUGGAUGAUGAGCUGGCUUCAAAGUUUCUGGAGACCUUGAAAGCCAAUAUAGAGAAUCCAGUGCGACUGGCCUUAAAUUAAACUCAGUGAAGAUUGCUUCCUGUUUUGACAACAUAGAUAACUAUUAUAUACUUAGGGUUGUUUUUCUGUAUAGAGGAGUAAAUAGCUGAAGAUGGACAGUUAAAAAUAUUUAAUUUAUGAAUUAAUGUGAAACACUCAUGAUUUUAGUCUUCUAUAAUAACCAGGUUUCGUACUGUAAAGCUAAAAGACUUUGAAGUUAACAUACCACAUUUCUUUAAACACAUAGUACCAAUGGCACAGGUUUGCAUAGGAAAGUCAAUCUCAUCUGUAAAAGAAACUCAAUAAAACUUCAUGAAAUAUAAAAGGGAAUAAUAGAAUAAUUUGGGUUGCAAAAACUUUUAAAGGUUGUCUAGUCCAGCUUCUACAAUGACCAGGGAUGCCUUCUGAGCCCCACCCACCCUGGCCUUGAAUGUUUCCAGAGAUAAGGUAUCUUCUGCCUCUCUGGGCAACCUGUACUGUCUUUUACCACCCUCACUGUAAAAAUCUUCCUUAUAUCUAGUUUGAAUCUACUUGCUUUCAGUUUAAAACUAUCACCCCUUCUCCUGUUGCAACAGGCCCUGCUAAAAAUUUGUUCCAGUCUUUUUUAAAAGUGUCCUUUAAGUAUUGAAAAAAACAGAACCUAAUGGUGCAAAGUGUUCUCAUAGAGGUCCCAGUAUGAAAGGUCAAAUUUUGCACACUGAAUAGUUGCUGAUUAAUGCUGUUCUUUGCAUGGAUGGAAUGUAGAUGUAAGUAGAAAGUGUUUCAUCAUCAGUGUAUGUUGAAAUAUAACUGGGAGGCUCAAGUGCAGUGGCCUGAUCUUUAACAGAAUUAGAUUGGUAUCUUUCUUACACAUAAAUAUGGAACCACAUAUUGCAUGUAAAUGUUAUGAAAUAACUGUGUUUACAGGACCUCAUGAGAAUAUAAAUUGUCAAUAGAAUUAUGAGAGUUUGUCUUAUUCUGGUUUGUGCAAUUGCUUUUUCCUAAUGAUUUGUAGGAAUUAAUUAUGGUAGCAGCUCAAUGAGUAAACAGCUACUUGCAAGACAGCCUUUACUUUAAACUGAGGUGAGAGUUUUUGAUAAAUGAGUUUGCUUCUUUAGCUUCUUCUUCUGUCAUAAAUUUAACAAACUAUUAGUUUGGAGAGAUUUUUGAUAACCAGAUAUAGUUUACUGUGCAGGAAUGGACAUAGCCAUUCUGUAUUUCCAAGAGGUUUUUACUGAUAAACGAUAUUAAAGAUUGGUUCCUGAGGAUUAAUUUGCAAUUUGAAACUAUUGACUUCCAAUUUUUCCAAAGCUGUUUGUCAACCUCGUAUUGGGGGGGGGGGGAAGGACCAAUUUCUAUAUUGUCCUUUAUGUACAAGAAGAUCUCAUUAUUUGCUGAAUCUGCUCUGCCCAGGAGAUUUUCCAGGCCGAUUAUAGAUCUGGUUUCCUGCUUUUCACUCGUGCACGUGUUGCUGCAGUGGUGCUGUGUGUUCCCUGACACCCCAGGUGGUGCUCCCGCAGGUGAGGGCUGCAUGGCUGCUCUGUGUCGCUGCAGUUCUGCGUGCGCUGCGAUCCCUUCUUGUGAGCCAGGGCUUUUCCUCCGCCCUCGGAGCCACUGGAAGGCGCUGUUGCAUGCAAGGAUGGGAUGGGAUGGGAUUUGUGUCCCGUCUCACCCGCAUGGGUGCUCUCAUCCGCUGUGCUGUCCCAGCAGGCAAGGCAGCUUCUGCAGGUUAAAUAAACCUGUGGAGCUUCGGAACUGGGCAAGGCUAGCACAAGGUUGAAUUGCAGUUUCUUUGCACCUGCCUGCUUUGCCAGCAUUGUUAUUUGAAGCAGAUAUAAUUUGUCAGUCAUCAGCCUGUGAAGGAAAUGUGUGGAGUUCAGAUGGGUGGUAGCAGUCAGGUCUCCUUAAUUCAGAGGAAAUGUACCCUUUGGCAACAUCUAGCACUUCAGCAGAAGUGAGACAAAAAAUAUGUGCCCAUACAGAUUAAAUAUUCAGUAUCUUCUUGAUGAUUUGGGAAAGGAACAAUGGGUAAAUUGCCAGAAAGUGAAUAAUUGGUAAAGGGCAUGCUUGCUUAUGAAGCAAAUUUUCCUCAAAGUAAAAUUUUUCAGAUGAAAAAUUUAGCUUUCUGUAUUUUAUUCUUUCGAAUGUCUUCUGACAGCCUAUUCUUUACAUACCAAAGCAAGAAAUACAAUGAAGACAUCUAUUUUUGUGAGUAAUUUUUUAAAAACCAUAAAAAUGGAGUAUACUAAUGUGUGCUAGAAAUGUGUGCCUUUAGGAUACAUACUAUCUUUGUAUAAUUUUACAUUGCAGGAGGCAUGAUUGGGGAAAAAAAAGCUAUUUUGAAGUACGUGAUUGUUGGCAAAUACUGAAUUGUGUGUCACACUUUAAUCCCUAAUUGCAAUGUCAGAAUAUUUGACUUUUGGGCAUUUUUUUUUUUUUCCUGCAA